GAACUACUAUGGUCCUGUGGUUAAUCAAGAUUCUGCUCAACAAAAACGAACAGAUGCACCGGGUGCUAUAAAAGCUGCUGUAGGUUUGGGUGAAGACGAUGAAAAGUUUCAGAUAUUCAAGAAAGAAAUCAACGAUUUAACGAGGAAAAAUGCACAGCCAGCUUCAACUAUCGGAUGUCUUACAACUCCGAAAAUCAAGAUUCAGCCUCGUACAGUGGAUGUAGAUUUCUAUGGAAGCGCUGCCGAGGAUGCUGAAUAUAAGCCAGAGCUUGGUUUCAGCCAGCACACUCAGAAGCAACCUGGCAAAGAAAUAUCCAUGGAAAGCUAUUUUUUCGGAUGGCAAAUCGAGAGUUGCUCUAGUCGGGGGAGCCGGAUAUGGCAAAACCGAAAUGUCUAAAAGUUUCUCCGUUGAUGUGCUUGAUCAAAAGAUACCAGAGCUUAGAGGAGUCGAGGUUGUUCGUCACAUUAACUUUCGAGAUCUUCUAUCUAAGAAGGAGGUCAGUCUCGGGAAAUUAUUAUUUGGAGAUACAGAUUUGGAUGAAGAUGUCCGAGAUCAUGGUGUAGGAUGGAUCAUAUUGCAUCCCGAAAAGUUUCUUCUCGUAAUUGAUGGAGCUGAUCAAUACGCUUCCCCUCAAGAUCUUGGCAAAUUACGCGGUAACGCCAAUCACUAUGAUAAAGCAGAUCCCAAGCUUCUUAUAAAUCUCAUCCUCGCUCAAAAGCUUUUACCCGGCAUCAAGCUUCUCUACUCAUCACGUGAACACGUUUUACGUUUCUUCGAAGGAGAAGUUCGCCCUGAGAGAGUCAUUGCUUUAGCAGGUUUCGAUGAAGAAAGUGUGGAAAAGCUCAUUUACGCAUUUAGCGGAGAGCAUGGCGAAUAUGUCAUGAAUCGUCUCAAAAAAGAAGCACGCGGCUUACUUUCUCUUUGCUCUAUUCCGAUGUUUCUCGUUCUUACAGUAACUGUGCUGAUACUGUACAGAAUCCUCAAUCCCAAGAAAAUGACCGACAUCCUGCUUCUCGUCUUGCUGAAUACCAUGAAUUCAGAGCAUAUGAGAGCAGGUGGAAGAGAGGAUGUAUCCAUUUACGAAGUGUUCAACAGCUUGAAGAAAAUGUCUUUUGACGGAAUGAGGAACAAGAAAGUUACUUUCGCCAAAUCAGAUUUGCCGGAAGAAAUCUCCAUUGAUCACUUGAAAGAUAUCAUGAUACCAAUACCAAGAUCAAUUGGAAUCAACCAACGGCUCUUCGAAAGGAACUUUGUAUUCUUUUUCAUCCACCAGUCCAUUCAGGAAGCGCUUGCUGCUCUUUACGUUGCUGAAAUGCCGACAAAAGAAUUCGAAAAGUUUGUUUCAACCGAACUCCACAAGAAGCAUUGGGUCGUAAUUCGUCGAAUUGUAUGCGGCUCUAUAUUGAAUCCCGAGACAUUCAAGAUUGCAAUGGGAGAAGCAGCUGAUGUUGGAAUUAUCAAACAGGGUAUUGAUCUGAAGAAUAAGCGAUCGAUCUUGUUAUCAAGCUUGAAUGAUCAGAUUCAAUCUGGCUUGAAGAGAGAAGAUCUACUCGAGCUCAUGCAUGCACUCGAUGAAUGUGGAAAUGGGGCUGAUAACGUCAUCGAAUCAUCCAUCCGUGAAAUUAGUUUCGGCUACAUACCUCUCACUCCAAGUGAUAAAUUCACUCUGGCAUCUGUUCUCGGUCAUUGUUCUCGUCUCGAUCGCCUCGGGCUGUAUGGUGUUUCUGUCACAUCAUCUGAUCUCAAACUCCUUGCUUCAUCAAUGCAAUAUUCGAAUAUCAAGAUAAAGAAGGCUGGUUUUGGAAUUCCGAAUGUAACCAAAGAAAAAAUUUUUGCUGUCGAAUCUGAUGAUGAACGGAUAAGGAUUGCAGAGGAAGCAAUCAAGAAUGAUCCACCUCUCCCACAUGAUAAAGCUGUUAUAUUCUGCGAUAUCUUGCCUCAUAUCACUGAGAUGAUGCGGCUGGCCUACAGAGUAGAACCUGAAAAUAUUGAGAUGAUUCAGAGGAAAUUGGAUUCAAUUCCAACAACGGAACUGAGGGUGUGGGUACACGAUCAUGACGGCGAAGAAAUUCGUCUUAAUCAAAGAAAAUCUGAGCAAGAACAGAAAUAAACAAACUUGAGUUGACUUUCAUGAAAUCAUCUGUUGAAGAAAGAUUUUAAUAUUCAGACGAUUUUAUUUUCCCUAAUUUUGAUUCCGAUGAGAGCGAUGUUGUGAAACUAUUUUAUUUUAAUGUGAUUUCACUGUUCAUAUUACCGCUCAUUUUGAACAGCAAGUCUGUUAUUUUAUUACAUUCAAAUAUAUCCAGUUGAAGUGAACUUGACAAUGUUGGGGUGGCAAGUUGAAUAUCUCCAGUUCAAGCCCACCACCUCACUCAGGGUCUAAUAAAUUUAAGACGCAAAAAUAUCAUAUUUUUAUGUAUCAGUGGCUGCUCGCACAGAGUCUUGUUUGGAAUGAAACUGUGAACAUGAAAAAGCAAAUACUUUGACCAUGGUGAGGUGGCGGGAAUGGGGUUUGAACCCUAGAUUUUCACGACCACUUUUUAUAUCGUGACCAUUUCUGAUUUAUUAACAACUUUAUUUUUAUUCAGUCUCACAUUAUACAGUUGUUUCAACACGCUUUAUAUUAUAUAACUUACGUAAUCUGUUAUUUCACAUGAACGCUCAAUUUUUCUGAACAAAGCUCUGAACACGCAGUUUACGCGUGUAGCUACUAUUACGAGCAAGAAAUUUGAACCCUAGAUUUAUAAGCCUGUUUUAUCCUAAAGUUAUACCGAACCUUUCCAUACUGAUAUGUUGAAUGUGAGUGGUAUCUAAUGAACUGGGUUGGGAUUCAUGUUACGACUCUGUAACAUCGGGUAGUUACGCGAUCUACUUGCAAAUAAUCAGUCAGGCAUCUCCCAACACUCGUUGCGCAGUGGGAAAUAUAUCCUGACGAUUUACCAAACUAACUCUUGGGCCUUGCAGAGUUUUGUUUGACUUUAUUAUUUUUAUUGGAGUGAAUUUUAUUUCUAUGUUCUAAUUUUUAUUUAAUAUCGUACAGUAGAACCCGAUUUAAACCAUUUUAAUUUGUAUAGUGUUCGCUCCUACCAGGAUUCAAUGAAGCAACCUAUUAGAUUGGAAUGCCAAGAGCUUUAAACGAACUUUUCUAGUGUGUAAUAUGUGAGUCUCGAAACCAAUAUGUCAGCAUAGCCAGACAAACUACUGGGCAAUCUUUAAUUCACGAUUUCUGAAUCAAAUGCAGGUUAUGAUUGUAUAUAAAAACGUUGCAUGAUUCGUAGUCUAUAAGUGCAACAAUUUUAUUGUUCUUUGGCCAUAAAUUCAUUUUCCAGCUUUAAAUAAAUUCUAUAUAACCAAUGCGUUUCUCAUAUCGGAUUUUCAAUAAUUAGCCACAAGGCCAUGGGACCUGUGGGUUUCCUAAGGGGUUAACCAUACCCUCCUAUACCCGAGUCCCAACGAUUUGCGACAAGACUAUAAAGUCGUCUUAUUUUUUUGUUUAGGGAUUUUCCGGUUUUAUUUGACAAUGUGUUUUUACUUUGUAUGAAUUCAUGGGAUAAAUUCUAUAUGUCAAACAUCUCCCAUACCUGAGCCUAAAUUUCAAUGCUUGACGUCAGAGUUUGUAAUAUUUUCUGCCGGUAGUGAAGCCGGAGUCAACUUGUAAUCGCAAGUUUAAAAUUUAUCAGCCCCAAAUUAUGCGAACUAUAUUGUAAAAAUAGUCUCUUUAAAAUAAACUUCAUCAUAAACAAGUAAAAAGCUAUAUCAACCUGAAAUUUUCUUGAUCUAAAUUUUGUUAUUCUUGAGUUAGAAGCCGCAUUCGUUUUUUUUGCAAACCAGUUGGAACUCCAAUUCCACAGCAAUAGUCAUUUGUUACUGUUUUAUGAUUAUGUGUG